AUAUACAACCACAUGAUGUGUCCUAGAGCCGACACUAUACAGAGGACACCAGACCAUAAUAUACAACCACAUGAUGUGUCCUAGAGCCGUUACUCUAUCGCUGUCUCCUGGACACUAACGUUAUAUAACGAGAAGAUGAAUUAAUGACGACAGUAACGAGAUCCACAGCCGCCACAAUAGGGAUCAGUGUCACCUACAGCGGGAGAGGACUGCGCCAAUAUAAUGAGGGCGAUGACACCUUCACAGUGUUUAGAUACACAAACUGAUAGUAUCACACAAUAGGAUUAGAUACAUCAACUGAUGGGAUCAGACAUGACAGGCUUAGCAGACAUGAUUACACAAUACAGGAUGAGAUACACACCUCAGCAGACAGUAUCACAUAGGAUGGGAUUAGAUACACACCUCAGCAGACAGUAUCACACAGGAUGGGAUUAGAUACACCAACUGAUGGGAUCAGACAUGACAGGCUUAGCAGACAUGAUUACACAAUACAGGAUGUGAUACACACCUCAGCAGACAGUAUCACAUAGGAUGGGAUUAGAUACACACCUCAGCAGACAGUAUCACAUAUGAUAGGAUUAGAUACACACCUCAGCAGACAGUAUCACACAGGAUGGGAUUAGAUACACACCUCAGCAGACAGUAUCACAUAGGAUGGGAUUAGAUACACACCUCAGCAGACAGUAUCACAUAUGAUAGGAUUAGAUACACAGCUCAGCAGACAGUAUCACAUCGGAUGGUAUUAGAUACACACCUCAGCAGACAGUAUCACAUAUGAUAGGAUUGGAUACAGCAGUUCAGCAGACGGUAUCACGAUAGGAUUAGAUACACAGCUCAGCAGACAGUAUCACAUAUGAUGGGUAUAGAUACACAGCUCAGAAGACAUUAUCACAUAGUAGGAUUAGAUACACACCUCAGAAGACAGUAUCACAUAUGAUGGGAUUAGAUACACACCUCAGCAGGCAGUAUCACAUGCUAGGAUUAGAUACACAGCUCAGCAGACAGUAUCACAUGAUAGGAUUAGAUACAGCCGCUCAGCUACAGAGUCACAUGAACAGAUCAGAUAAAGCUACUUAGCAGCAUAGUAUCACACAUGAUAAGCUUAGAUACAUUGGUCUUGGAGGAUAUAAUGUAACAUGUAUAGGGCUGGCCCCCAGUGGAUUCUACGUGUGUUUCGGCUGUGGGGACUGGUGGGAUAUGUGAGCGCCCCCCCGGCUGACGCUGUUCAGCCCACAGAGUGGUCUUUGACAUGUUCUGCAGCGCGGUGGAUGUGGCGGAGGCCUCCGGUUUGGCUGCGCUCCAUACACCCUUUAUUUAUGUUUUUCCUCACUUCUCCCCCCAAGUGUUUCUAUGUUGGAGGGAUUGGGGGUCUCUGACGAUCUGAACCACUUGUGCAGAUCUUAAUACUGCCGCCAUCUUGGGCUCAAUGUUCGGUACGUGGUAGAAGAAUAUAGAUUGAUAUAGGAUAUGAAGGCGCGGUAGGAGUACGUCUUGGAUUCCGGGUGUCAUGUGACUGACACCUCUCUCGUCCACAUCUGUAGGGUCCGGUUUCCGAGGUCUCCUGGGUGAUGUGUGGAAAUGUGACCAGUGAUACCUGAGAGGGGCAGGCGCCAUUGUUUGUCAUGUAAUGAAUCCAGGAGAGGGGGAGAUGAAAAGGCGCCGGCGCUGGGACACUACACCAGUCUACACAACCUGCUCUGGAGGAGCCAUCACUGCCACUGAGGGGCACUACACACCGAGAUGUCUUCGCAGCUGGAAGAAGCCAUGGAGACACUUAUCUCUGUUUUCCACACGUACUCGGCCCGUGAAGGUGAUAAGUACAAGUUGAGUCGGAGAGAACUGAAGGAUCUACUGCAGAAUGAACUGGGGGAGUAUCUGGAGACCCAGAAAGAAGCCGGCACGGUGGACAAGAUCAUGAAGGAACUCGAUGAGAAUGGAGAUGGGGAGGUGGACUUCCAAGAGUUUGUCAUCCUCGUGGCGUCUCUGACUGUGGCUUGUAACAACUUCUUCUGUGAGAGUAGCUGAGGCCCCGGAGUCGACCACACGUGGUGUCCCAGUCUCGUGUACAAACUCUUCUGUCAUUAAACUUGAGAAUUAAGACCCUUAUGCGUCUAUUUCUUAU